GGGCAGGGGGCGGGCGAGGAGGCGCCUGGAACAAUUACGUGUGGGUCCCAGCAAACAUGAGGCAGCUGCCAGCCGGCCCCGCAGUCCUGCUCUCAGCUGCGAAGAGGGGAGGCCGACAGCAGUUUCCUCCGGCGCCCAGGAUGCAUCGGGCGAAGGAAGCGAUGAAGGUGUCAGAUGGCAGCCUCCUGGGGGACCCUGGGCGCACACCGCUAAGCAAGAAGGAGGGCGUCAAGUGGCAGAGGCCCCGGCUCACCCGCCAGGCCCUGAUGCGGUGCUGUCUGGUCAAGUGGAUCCUGUCCAGUGCAGCCCCACAGGGCUCAGAUAGCAGCGACAGCGAGCUGGAGCUGUCCACAGUGCGCCACCAGCCAGAGGGACUGGACCAGCUGCAGGCACAGACCAAGUUCACCAAGAAGGAGCUACAGUCCCUCUACAGAGGCUUCAAAAACGAGUGUCCCACGGGCCUGGUGGAUGAAGACACCUUCAAGCUCAUUUACUCCCAGUUCUUCCCUCAGGGAGAUGCCACCACUUAUGCACACUUCCUCUUCAACGCCUUUGAUGCCGAUGGGAAUGGGGCCAUCCACUUUGAGGACUUUGUGGUCGGCCUCUCCAUCCUCCUGCGAGGAACAGUCCAUGAGAAGCUGAAGUGGGCCUUUAACCUCUAUGACAUUAACAAGGACGGCUAUAUCACCAAAGAGGAGAUGCUGGCCAUUAUGAAGUCCAUCUAUGACAUGAUGGGCCGCCACACCUACCCUAUCCUGCGGGAGGACGCACCUCUGGAGCACGUGGAGAGGUUCUUCCAGAAAAUGGACCGGAAUCAAGAUGGGGUGGUGACCAUUGAUGAAUUCCUGGAGACCUGUCAGAAGGAUGAGAACAUCAUGAGCUCCAUGCAGCUGUUUGAGAACGUCAUCUAGGACAUGUCGGUGGGGAGGGGUCCUUGGGUGGCCACUGCCACCUCUGCCCCCAAAGAAAUCUCAGUCCUGCCAGGAGCAGCCUCCAUGAGAAACUUUUUUUCUAAUAUAUUUGCAAAACGUGAACAGUUUCCUCUAGACACACACACACACAUACACACACAGCCCAUUCCUUUGGGCUGGUAGAGGGGGUGCAGAGGUCAGGGAGGGACUGAGUCUGGCUGGGAGUUGGAUCCAGGUGAUGGGAGCCAGACUACCCCAGCCAGCCCCUGUCCAGGCCAGGGGGGUGGGGCUGCCUCUGGAGGGGGCACUGAAACAGCAGUGUUUGCAGGCUGCUGGCCAUGGGGUGCUGUCAGGAAGGAGCUCAAGAUCCCCUACAGCAGAGGGUCCGGUCUCCAAAAUAAAGGCCCCUCUGGUGUGUGUCCCCUUGCCCCUCCCUCCUACUACCCUUCCUUCUCACCACACAUGGGCCAAGUUCUGGGAACUACUCUGGCCUUCUUGUCCUUUAACCACUCCCUGCCCACUGAUUGCACUCCCAGGACUUCACCACAGGACAAGGGGGGACAGGCAGCGGGAUCAAGAGAAUUGGGACUAGGAGAGAGAGGUAGUAAUGGAGACAGCCUGCUGUUUCCUGGAAAUGCUUCCUUGGAUUCCCAGGAAUUGCCUGCCACUCCACUGGCAAGCCCCAGUGGUAAGGGGCCACUGGACACUUCUCUCCAUCCUGGGAAGGGGGCCUUUCAAGCUCAGGGAUUGGGUUUCUUGGUGGAGAAUCAGGGGGACUGUCUGCCAAGUCCACUGAAAUGGAAGAAGCCUUCCCUUGCCCUAGGCCUAGCUCAGUGGGAAUGAAGUGGGUGGGGCCACCGUACCCCUCUGGCACUAGAGUGUUCGACCCCAAGGUCAUUAUAGGUUCUAAGAAGAGGUCACAAGGCUCAGGGACUGGCAGCCAGGGAGCCCAGGUGGCAGAGCAGGCCUCCUUUCUGAGCAGCUCAUCUUCCGCGGCCCCCCACUACCACUUCCUGGUUAGGGUCCUCUAGCAGUGUGGUCACCCUCUCUACACAGCUCAUCCAACCCCAUACACAAAGCACAAGCACCCAGAGCAGCUCAGGUGGCAGCCCACAAUGCAAGCCAAGGACACUUGUUCCAAGAUCAGGCCCUCCUAGCGGGCUGAGGCCUGGGUUGCGAUGGCCCCGAUGCAGGUAGCUCUGGGCAGGAAGCAUGGGGUCAGUUCUGUACCUCAGAGCAGUGCGGGCUCGAAGCCCGUCCCCAGCCCAGCCCGGCCCAGCUCACCAACAUUCAAAAGCACAAACCGUAGGGACUCUCCCUGUCUGGGUUCUGCUCUGGGGAUGGAGGCUGAUGUCAGCCUGAAGGCAGAGCCAAGAGUGAGAACUGAGGGGCCUGAGGCAGAGUGGUAGGUCGACAGAAACCUCCAGGAAAGAGAGAGAGGCUGCUCUCAUUGGCUCAGGCCUCCCCAAGAAGGAACCCAGUACCCCCCUGGUAGCGUGGGCCUUUCUGAGGAACAUUCCCGUACAAUACAUUCCACCGGCUGCCACCCCCUCUCUGCUCAGGCCUGGCCCAAGGGUGAGCAGGGCCCUCAAAGGAAAGGUGGAAUGGUGGAGGCCAUGGCAAUUGGCCUGGUUUGUCCACGGGGACCCCUUGGCAUCCACACCACACAGGUGGCCCUCUCCCUCAGAGUUGUACUGACACCCCAUCUCCAGUUUGACUGGGGUGGAGGAGUCUUUCUUCCCUCCUCCAGGAGGGCAUCAGCUUUCCCUGGCUCAGGGAUCUUCUCCCCCUCCGCCCACCCCUAGGCCCUCCCAGCUGGUGUAGCUGUGCUUCUAAGGGGCCGAGGCCAUAGGAGAGUGUCACCACCAUGCCCCUGCCCCCUCUUGGCCUUGGGCCAGACUGGCUGCACGUACAAGCAGGAGGGGUCUGUCUCCCACACUGGGAUGCGGACUGGCCGCAUGUCUGCAUGGCAGAAGCGUCUCCCUUGGGUGCAGCCUGGGAAGGUGGUUCCUGUUCUCAGCGCCCACCAAUAUUCAGUCCUGUAUAUUUUAAUAAAAUAAACUUGACAAAGAAGA